AUGGAGGGAACCGGGAAGGGGACACGUCAAAGUCGCGGAAAGCCGCUGUCGCUGUCGUUGUCGGGGAAAAAUCCGUUUCGCCGCGCGAUGAGGCGCGACUGGACGGCACUGCUACGCGGGAACGUCACGCGAGUCCGCGGAUGAGAGCAGGGGUGUUGUGCGCGCGAGUGUGUAUCCCCCGCGAGCGAGUUAACAUGAUCAGCGGCAUUCAGAUCGCCCUGAAGAAUGCCAUUGACGUGAUAGCCCCGCCGGCGACACCGUUGCAGGACUUCACCUACCACUGGAAACAAUUGAUGAACUUCUAUGUGAGUCAUCUGACCGAUUGCAAGGUGCCCGUGCAAAACACCAGCAUACCCCGACAUCUGGACGUGCUGCUGGAUAUCUUGUUGCAAGAGGAGAAGGAGGAGAAUGAACCGGGGCCUUGCCUGGAGUAUCUCUUGCAGCACAAACUCCUGGACCUCCUGGCGACUCUGGCCAGCGCGGAGACGCCACCUGGCAUGCGAACGGUCUGCCUCGGCUUUCUGCGAAAACUUCUCGGCAGGUCGAAGUAUCCCUUGUUGCAUCACGCGUCCAUCUACGCGCCGAUACAACGAUUAGUGGCACUCUGCAACGGUAACCCACCGUCGCCGAUCGAGGCCGAGGAGGUGCAGUUUCUGUUAACGAUCUGCUUCCUGGUGUGCAAAUAUCCUCACGUGACCAACAUCAUCAAUGACGCGCCAGUUGUGCAAGCAGUCAACAAUCCAGCCAAGAAAGAUAAUGAGAGGACGGAGAUCCAGAGGGUGACGUAUGUCCCGACUAGGAAGAGAAACAAUUCCAAUCCCUUGUUCGAGCCCUUGGACACCCAAGCGAUCACGUUGGUCAGCCCAAAUCUCUUUGAUAAGGAACGCCGAAGACUACCACGUUCGAAUCAUGUUUUCAAGACGACCGCGUCGGAUCCCGGACGCUUGUCCAGAAGGUCGAACGAGUCCGUGUCCUCGAGGGAGGAGAGCAUCUCGUCGAGUCCCCUGGCCCAAAAGUCCGUUUGCGACUCGCCCUCGUUGGACACGAAGAGCAACGGGCAAUGGGAGGAGAAGAACGGGGGAGACUACUCCGGGAAUAAAAUCGACGAACAUCUGCAAAACCUGCGCGACUUGCGGUUGGAUACCGACUGCAGUGUCUACGACGACGCGAGCUACGUGGCGGGUGAUAGUCAGAGUUUAAAGUCGCCGAAGAUGCCGGAAAAGUCUAAGUGUCUCUUACUGGAUUCCCUGAUGAGCUACUUAAAUAGCGCGGACAACACCGUGAGAAUACGAGCGUGCGAGGGAAUAAUGGUCCUGGCGUCCCUGGAUGAUCCCUCGUUCGCGCAAACGGUGGCCAGGAGCGAGCUAUCAACGAUAGUCUCGACGCGUCUCGAGAAUCUGUUCAAUGCCAUCCCGGCGCACGUGGACCACUUGGAUAUCUACAACGUGGACGUCACGUGGGGCCUGGACUCGCCGCUAUGGACCCAGGAAAAGAAGUUUCCCGGUUGCCGGCAAGUGGCGGCAUUCUUCAUGUGGUACGACUACUGCAACCAGCUGAUCAGGGAAGCUCAGCUGGAACUCGCCGAGAUAUUGGCGAGGACCAUUCGAGUGAUGUUCUUCGAGAGGAUAGUGACGCCCGCCUUGGCCGAUCACCACGUCGUACUUAUCACAGCUCUUGUUGCCAAGUGCUUGAAGGAAACUACCUCCUCUAUACUGUGCACAGAGGUGAGUUACUGGUUGGUCGGACAAGACAGAGAUUCGGAAAUACCAAACGUGUGGACGUCGCCGGUAUUGCACAGACUGAUAGAGAACUGCUUCACGGACAGUAACGAUCUCACGGUAGAAACGUUGAAAUUGUUCGAAGAGGCAAUAGACAAAAGAAAUGAGCACAUAUUGCAUUGUCUCUUACUGAUCUAUCUGUCCACGCGAGCGUAUUACGAUAACACCGCUGCCGAUAGUGCUAUCGCUUCAUGGAGCGACGAGGAGGACGAAAGAGAGAAGGAGAAGAAAGGAUCUCUGGAUCUUUCCUACGAGCAAAAUCACAGCCGUACUUUGGCACCGAGUAAUAUCCACCGAGUUAUCAAUUGUUUCCUGUCGUUGAUGCCGCGUUACUUGCAAACAGAUCCGGACGUCAAUAACUACGAGAAGUACAUGCCAGCUUGGGAGCAGCAGUACACCUCGGUGCUUUCCGACUGCGCUCUGAUGGCGUGGCCGUUGGAAGCGGUAAUGGUAGACGACUCCGCGAGUUCCGACUCGCGACCGGAAGCCGAUCAUUGCUCGGGCCGAUUUUACAUGGGACCGUUCCUGAGCAUGCUCUUCGACAAGACCAGCAACAUGCCGAAACAGACGUACGAAGUCAAUUUAGAGAUCACAGGAUUGAUCUCCAGAUUGGCGCUACUCCCGCACCCGUACCUGCACGAGUUUCUGCUGAAUCCCCUGCUACCUCUGAUACCCGGCACGAAGAGUCUGUUCUCGUGCUUACAGAAGGUUGUCAAGCAGCUCGUUAGCGAAAUACCAAAGACACCGGAGAGUAAGAUGAUGCUGGCGGAGACGAGGCAAAGAUUGCUGAGUACCUGUUCUCAAGAAGAGGAGAAAGAGAACAUUCUAUAUGAAAGCGCUGUAGUAACGGAGGAAAUUUGCAAAGAUCUUGCAGCCAUAGCAUACGUCAAGUAUCAUCAUUCUGUUUAGCAAACUUCUACGUAUUUGUUAGAUAGAAUGGCAAUACUUGUGAAUAAUUUAUAAUAGAUAUUAAUAUAUCAAAAUCAUACAAAAAAAACUACUUGUAUUUUAAGUAGCAAAUACCUUUUGUGAUGACUUUGUAAGAUACAUAAAUCUCUAAUUAAGUAUGACGCAAGAUACAUUUAAUUAAUUAAACUAUUAUCAAGAAUCGUA